CGCCGGCCCGCCGGUGUCGUCGACGCCCGUGCCCGGCCGGCCCACGACGCCCCUCUCGCGGCCCACGACGCCACAGGCCGCCAUGCUUGGGGCUGCAGUUGACCCAACGACGCCGCUGGCGCGCCCUGCGUCGCCAGUCAAGUUCCGCGCCAAGAUCACCGACGGACUCAGCUCGCGCCGCAAGCCCGAGACGCCGGGUGCGGGACGCAGCGGCACGCCGCAGCACGGACACGGCCUGGGCAUCAGCGUCGGGCGUGCCAGCCCGCGGCGGCGUGCCAGCGGCGCCAUCGCCGUGCCCGCGCUGGCCGGCGGCGAGGUCGACGACGAGACGGGCGAGAGCUCCUUCUUCUACGCCGACGAGGUCGAGACGGCGAGCGACGAGCGCGAGAGCGUCGUGGUGCAUGUGCGGCUGCGCCCGCCGCGAGCGACGGAAAAGUGCGCCUGGGUGCCGAGCCCGCUCACCGCGGCGCUCUCGCUCGAGGCGUCGCUGGCCGCCGCGCGUGUGCAGCCAGGCGCGGCGCUGCCGUUUGCCUUCGACGGGCUGCACACGGGCUCGUCGAACCGGCCCGUGUACGUGGCCGUGGCACGGCCGCUGGUGCGCGCGGCGCUGAGCGGCUACGACGCCGUCAUCUUCGCCUACGGCCAGACGGCGUCGGGCAAGACGUUUACGCUCUCGGGCGACGACGCCGGGCGCGAGCCGGGCAUCAUCCCGCGUGCCGUGCGCGACGUCUUCCGCGGCAUCCGGCAGAGCGAGUCGACGCGCGAGUGGCUGCUGCGCGCCUCGUACCUCGAGAUCCACAACGAGGUCGUCAAGGACCUGCUGUGCCCCGAGAGCGUGCCGCAGAUCCGCCAGGACAGCAAAAAGGGCGGGCGCGGCACGUUUGUCGCACCGCUGCACGAGGAGGUCGUGACGACGCAGGCCGCUGUGCGGGCGCUGCUGGCACGCGGGCAGGAGAACCGGCACGUCGGCGCGACAGACUGGAACGAGCGCAGCAGCCGCAGCCACACUUGCUUCAAGCUGACGCUCGAGAGCUGGGAGCGCGACGCGCACGGCGCGCCGAGCACGCCCGAGUCGCGCAUCGGCAAGAAGAUCCGCAUCUCGGAGCUCUCGCUCAUUGACCUCGCCGGCUCGGAGAAGUACGUGUCGCAGGGCGCGGACCGGCGCGCCGAGGGCGCCAACAUCAACAAGAGCCUGCUCACGCUCGGCAAGGUCAUCUACGCGCUCGGCGAGCGCUCGGCGGCGCGCUCCGAGGCCCAUGUGCCGUACCGCGACAGCAAGCUCACGCGCGUGCUCCAGAACUCGCUCAGCGGCAACGCCCGCGUCGCCGUCGUGUGCACGAUCAACCCGGCGCCCGGCGCCGUCGACGAGAGCCUGAGCACGCUGGCGUUUGCCAAGCGCGUCAAGAAGGUCAGCCUGCACGCGCGCCGCAACGAGGUGGAUGCCGAAUUCGGCGGCCUCAACCCCGAGGCACAGGCCGUCAUCGUGCGCUACAUGAACGAGGCCGAGGAGCUGCGCGCACAGCUGGCGGCGCGGCAGGGCGCUGCGACGUCCAAGGUCGGGCGCGACGAGGUCGAUGCGCUGCAGUUCAAGCUCGACGAGAUCCGCAAGUGCUUCAUGCGCGGCCGCGGUGAGGAGGCCGGCGACAGCGACGACGAGCUCGACGACGAGCGUACAUCCGCUGGCCCCUCAUCGCCUGCACGCACCACCUCGUCCGAGGCCGACGACGGCGACGAGACGCCGGCGCUGACACGCGCACGGCUACGCGAGGCACAGGCGCGCAUCGCCGAGCUCGAGGCCCGCCUGGCCGCUCCGCCGGCGCUGCCCGCUGGCUGGGAAGCGAUGGACGCAUCAGCCCGCACUGCCAAGGCGAGGCAGCUGCAGCAGUACGUGCAGCAGCUCGAGACAGUAACGACGAUGCACGAGCACGAGCUCGAGCAGCGCAGCCUGCCGCAGCACCAGCUCGCGCACCAGCUCAAGCUGGCAGAGAAGAAGGCGCAGGAGCAAGAGCGCGUCAUGGCUGAGCUGGCACGCGCGGCGGAGCGCUGCAAGCGAGACUUUGAGCGCGAGCGCAAGGCCAAGCAACGACUCAUCCGCCUGAUGCACGCCGACACGGCGCAGCAGGUCGCGUCGCUCCGCUCGCCGGCCAAGGGCAGCGCCGCAUCGCUGCUCAGCGCCAGCCGCCAUCUCGGCGAGAGACCCGCGUCGUCCCUAGGCAUGAAUCACCCCGACGGCGACAGCGGCGAGCGCUCGCCCUUCGCCUCGUCGGCAGCGCACGGCCGCAGCCCAAUGGCGCCGGCCAAGCCGUCCGGACUGCGCGUGCAGACGCGCGCCCGGCGGUCCGUGAGCCAAGACUCGGCAGCGCUGAUGCAGAGCGGCGCAGGGCGGGCCCGCUUCGUGGACAUGCCGUCGCCGCCGCGGACGGAGGCGAGCAUGAUGAGCACGAGCGCCUCGAGCCGCGACAUCAUGGCGCACCUCGCGCGCCAAGCCGGCAUGAUGAGCCCAACGAAGAGCAGCAUGUGGCUGGCGCAGGACAUGGACGAGAUGGUCAACGAGCUGCCAAGCACCAGCCUGUCGGACCUGACGGGCUAGGGGCCGGGCUUGUGUGUUACGAGCGAAUACCAUUUGAUGC